CCGACGAGACCCAGACACAACGCAGCAGCGGUCUAGGUUUAGUUAGUGGUGAAAGUGAUAGCCAAUAAGAAUAAAUUAUCUUAGAAGAGUUAUGUCUACAAAGUCAGGUGAAUAUGGAAAUCCUCUGCAAAAGUUCAAACUUGUUUUCCUUGGUGAACAAAGUGUUGGAAAGACUUCAUUGAUAACUAGAUUCAUGUACGAUAGCUUCGACAACACUUACCAGGUUGUUGGCGUAGUUUGCGGUUAA